AUGGCACCGAAGACCGCAAAAUGCUUGCGGCAAUUUUGCUUGUGCUUGACCGUUGGAGGUCUUUGUUAUGUACAGUUUGCUUUGGACUUCGUAGUUAGGCAAUUAUCCCCUGAGCAGCAUCCGAGAUGCAGGGAGAUAGUGGUCCAUGCCGCUGCCAGAACUCCAGCCAUUCCUGACUUUGACGCUGAUUUGGGCAUCUUGGCACCCUUGCCUCCGACAGCCUCGCUGUCUAGAUACAAAGGGACGGCCUUCGACGCUGAGGCGUGUGGCGAGGCAUGUGAAGCGCUGGCUGCUGCAAUUGGCGAAGGAAACCUGCAGCAAGUUGACGGGUUGAUUACGGCACUCAAGUUGAUGAUGCCACCUUCCAGCGGUGCAGAGCAAGCAGUGGGGCCUCCCCGGGAUGAUUUCAUUCUCAGGCCUGAAGUCCUGCAGUGGUCUGAGCAGGACUUCCUCGGCGGGCUGGAGGAGAACAUGCGGAUCGUACAGGAACGUGAGGCCAAGUUUGCGCGGCUGAUGGCAUCAUAUCCACAGGGCUUCCGGGCACCGGAAGUGCUGGCGGCCGCUUUGGACCUUGCGGUUGUGUACUUGAAGAACUAUGCUCUGGACAAGGCAGAUGCGUUGUAUGAAGCGACAAAGCCCCAUUGCUUGUCGCGCGGCUUGCCGUGGAAUGUCAAAUGGUUCCAAGAUUGCGCGACACUGAGGUGCAAACAAAAUCGGCAAGCAGAGGCUGCUCCUAUGCUGGAAGAAGUGGCUAAACUAACACCUCCCCACGAGGCGACCUUGCGCAACCUUGGCACGGUGUACAACCAGCUUCGCGAACAUGAUAAAGCCAAAGUCUACUUCGAUGCUGCUGCCGAGCUUGUUGGCAAGAAAACUGCUGAGGGCAAGCUGCUGCUAGACAAAGAAGAUCUGUGGAACAUAGGCUUGGUCCACAAGAACAAGAAGAACUAUGACGAGGCAGCACCAAUGCUGGAGCAGGCACUAGAAAAAUGGCUCCAAGAGGAUCCCGACGAUGACGUGACCCUAGCAAAGCUUUAUGAUUCCGUGGGCAGCUGCUAUGACGAAAUGGGCAGGUUUGAGGAAGCAGUGGAUGUGUUGCAGAAAGCCAAAAGCCUGUAUGAUCGAAGCAUUGGAACAGAGAGCCCUCUGUAUGGCAGUGCCUGCGAGCGGUUGACCAGGGCGUUGGUACACGCGCACCGAUACCAGGAAGGUCUGGACAAUCUGAUCGAAGCUUUUACAGUUAUAGCAUUGCAGGAUGCUGUGCAUCCAACGCCUUUGUUUGAGCUGCUGGGUAUUGCUCUUGAGGAGAUCCCCAUCACAAAGGAGAUUGACACAGCGGAGCUCGCGCGCCUGGAAAUGCCGAUCCAAGCAGCCGUCAGAAACAUGCAUUACCGUGGGCUUGACCAAGAUGGAAACUGCGGCGUGCUAUUCGAACGGAUGGCCCGCGCACUAGUGUUGUGCAGCCAAGCGACAGGUGAUGCAGCUGCACAGGUCGCUGCCUCCCAGAGACGGGACACCGCACGUGCACUCCUGCGGCAUGCCGCGCCGCUAGUUGAGGCGGCCACCCGCGAUGGCUUGGCUGACCUCACGCAUGUCAGCAUGCUCAUUGAGACGGAAUUGCAAGCUCUCGACAACCAAGACGCAGCAGCACGCCUUGGAAUUGGGCCGGCACCUCCGCCUCCUCCUCAACCCAGAAUAGAGACAUCUGCGGCUGCGACUGGGAAAGCCCAGGAAACGAUUCCAAGCUCGCAGAUUGAGCAACCGCCUCUUUCAAUUGGCAAAGGUGCUAUGGCGCCAGAAUCCACAUGGCGGCCAAGGUAG